UUUGAAUGGUUGAGGAUAUUGGGGAGAGGAGGAUCGAUUUGAAAAAAUUAGGGGAGGGAGAUUUGAGAAAAUAUUAGGGAUGUAAGGAACCAAAUCGAACCGGUGAACCGUCGCCCGACCCGCUUAAGUAGGUUAGUAAGUAUUCAGUUUCAGUCUCCCAUUUUCAUCUCCUCUGCCGCUCCCAGCGAAUCUUCAUAUCCUCUGCCGUCAGCGUUGCACAUCAAGUUUUCAUCCUCUGCUACACAUCAAGUUCAGCUUUGCCGUCUCUUCGUCCUCAUCAAGUUCUCUCCGUCCGCCGCACCCCUCUCUCCUUGUCCGUCCGUCAGCGUCGCUCAGCUUUGCCGUCAGCGUCGAUAAGGAAAUUUAUUCUUUGUUAUUUGCUAAAGAAAAGAAUGAGGUUAGAGAAGUGUUGGUUCUGUUCCUCCACAAUAUAUCCAGGACAUGGUAUUCAGUUUGUUCGCAAUGAUGCGACGAUUUUUAGAUUUUGUCGGUCAAAAUGCCAUAAGAACUUCAAGAUGAAGAGAAAUCCACGUAAAGUAAAAUGGACUAAGGCUUACAGGAGAUUGCAUGGAAAAGAUAUGACACAGGACUCGACUUUUGAGUUUGAGAGGAAGCGUAAUAGGCCGGAGAGAUAUGAUAGGAAUCUCACUGAAGAGACAUUGAAGGCUAUUAGGAAGAUUGAUAAAGUCAGAGCAGAUAGGGAAUCGAGACACAUUGCACGCAGACAUCAAGGAAAGAAAGCAAAGGAGCUCAGCGAGGCACAAAAGGAAUUGGAUCAAAGCAUCAGUUUGGUCAAAGCACCUUCUGCUCUCAAGGAGGAUCCUUCCCUCACCCUUCCAAAGAUCAAAAUCAAGGUGGUACCAUCACAAGCAGAGCAAACUCAGCGGAUGGAAGAAUGAGUUCGUUAAUCGUAUGUCACUAUAUCAAAUAUUUACGUUGUAAUUACUUUUCCAAAUAUCUAGAACUGCCACAAUUUUUGUGCAGUGGUAGAUCCUAUAGAAUUUCAUUUUGAGAAUGUUUCUUUUGAAUACAGAUGCUUCUAAAAAAUUUUGUUGAAUCGUUUCUUUCUGCUGUUUUUAUUC